GCGAUCUGCACCACUAUGCUGGUGGCCGUGCAUAUGCUGGCUUUUAUGAUUAGCACCUGCAUCCUGCCGAACAUCGAGGUAGUGUGCAACCUGCACAGCAUCUCCCUGGUGCACGAGUCGCCGCACGAGCGCCUGCACUGGUACAUUGAGACGGCGUGGGCAUUUUCGACGCUGCUGGGGUUGAUCCUAUUCCUGCUGGAGAUAGCCAUACUGUGCUGGGUAAAGUUCUAUGAUCUGAGCCCGCCGGCGGCCUGGUCGGCCUGCGUGGUGCUGAUACCCGUGAUGAUUAUCUUCCUGGCUUUCGCCAUACACUUCUAUCGGUCUCUGGUGACGCACAAGUACGAGGUGACGGUCUCCGGCAUACGGGAGCUGGAGAUCCUCAAGGAGCAGAUGGAACAGGAUCACCUCGAGCACCAUAACAACCAUAAUCGCAAUAACGGCAUCCACUACGGUGCCGCCGGCGACAUCGUUUAGCAGUAUCAAUCGCGCGAGGAUCCCACGAAGCAAUAAACCAUCUCGGCGAUCCUUCUCUGAAAACUUAACGAAAACGAAAAGAAAAGACACUUACGGCAGUGGGCCAGAGGCCUCGCCGUCAAUCCUCAGACUAAAUAAGUGAAUAUUUUGUAAAUUUGUAGUUGAUGCAAAUUGUGAUACGCAGAAGGCAGUAGAUUUUUAUUAUACAAAAACAGUAUGAGUACGUAUAUUCUAAAGGAUUGUGCCCCGAGCAAUGUUUCUUUAAGCUCAAGACCUUUACACAUCGUAACCCCUGUGUACUCAUCGCAUGCAAUGAUGAAAGACCCAAACUAAAGGAAUACUACUUUCAAGUUUAAACCACUGUGUUGACUAAAUAUUCCUCAAUAUUAGCUUGUAUAUUUGUUGUAACUAGUUGGCGCGUCCGCUAAUAUCUGUAUUGUAUUUUAGUGGUAUGCCAUCGCUCGCGAUGUCAGACCCAGACCUCAUCCAUAGCGCAGUCUUCCC